AUCAGUAUAAAAGAUGAACUGAUCAAUCUGUAAUUGUAGUAGUAGUAGUAGCAGUGGUAAGUUUUGCAUAUUUUUUGUGUACUUUUACUUGGCUAUAGUAGUAGUGACCAAGUAUUACCUAGUUUUUUCUACUUUAACAAAGCUUAAAACAAAAAUCAUUAGAAAAGACUAAGUAAUCAAUCUGUAAUCAUAGUAGUAGUAGUAGUACGAGCAGCGGGAACUUUUUUAAUAUUUUUUGGUACUUUUACUUGGCUAUAGUAGUACUGGCCACGUUUUACCUAGUUUUUUUUUGUACUUUAACAAAGCUUUAAAACAAAAAUCAAUAGAAAAGGCUGAUCAAUCUAGAUUUGUAGUAAUAUAGUGGUAAGGACAAGCAGUAAAUUCUUGGUAUUUUUCACGUACACUUCUACUUGUUAUACUUCUAGCCAUCAACUUCAAAGUCUGUAUUUUUGUCAACACAGCCUCUGCCCCAUAACAAAUGUGUGUAAUCUUUCUAGUCUUUCAUUAUAGCUGUGGGCUGAGACGGGCGGAGGGCACUUGGUUUUAGAUUAGAGGAGGUGGGAGAGGAAGGGGCAGCAUAAACAUAAACUCCGAGAUAGAGACUUCUGAGCAGAUUUGAAGCAAGACAGUCCCUCCGAAAGACAUCAAGACGAAAGGAGGACGACCGAGGAGCUAUGAAAGAAUCCACAAACAUGUCCGAGCAUUUGUGCGGCUGCGGUAGGACUUCUCGGACCCCCUCGAGACGCCCCUGUCGCCCCAGGACCCUCAUUCUGUUCCCUCUUCUCAUUUUGUCUCUCUGGAGCUACACAGACGCCGCCGUGCAGUCCAGCUUUCGCAGACUGAGCGGCAGAGAGAAGAAAGAAAUGCAAAAGGAGAUACUGUCCAUUCUGGGGCUGCCCGGGCGGCCCAGACCCCACCCGCUGCGCCCGCCCUCGUCCGCGCCCCUGUUCAUGCUGGACCUGUACCACGCCAUGUCCGCGGAGGGCGAGGAGGAGGGCAACGAGAUCCUGAUGAACGGGAUGGGCCUGGGGAGGUUCGGGGCGGUGGAUAAACUGGCCCAGGUGAACCUCGCGGCCCUCCCCACGCUGAGCUCGCACACGCCGCCCCUCGGGACCGUGGUCACCGACGCAGACACCGUCAUGAGCUUCGUCAAUUUAGUGGAGCAGGAGCGUGACCUGCUGCAGCCCCGUCCCUACUGGAAAGAGUUUCGUUUUGACCUGACUCCUCUGCCUCAGGGAGAGACUGUGGCUGCAGCCGAGUUUAGGAUCUACAAGAGUCAGACCCUGGGACAAAGAGCCAACCGCACUCUGCACAUCUCAGUGUACGAGAUACAGAGAGACAACAGGAUCAGAGAGCCGGAGCUGGUCCUGUUGGACAUGCAGUCGACCCCCGCGGGGCAGGAGGGCUGGUUGGCCUUCGACGUCACUUCAGCUGCAAACCACUGGCUCCUGCGCCCGCGGAGCAACCUGGGCAUCCGGCUCUACGUCGAGACAGAGGAGGAUCGCUCUCUGUCCGCGGGCUGGAUCGGGCUGGUGGGGCGCAGGGGUCCCAGGUCCAAGCAGCCGUUCAUGGUGACCUUCUUCAGGGAAAGCCAGGUGCCCUGCCGUCCUCCCCGCGCCGUCAGACCCAACCAGAGACGCAGGAAACCCAAACCCGACCUGCCCAUGCCCAGUAUCCACAAUCUCACUCCAGUGAACAAUGGCGCCCCCUGCCAGAGACACGAGCUCUACGUCAGCUUCAGUGACUUGGGCUGGAAGGACUGGGUUUUGGCCCCCACAGGAUAUUUGGCGUAUUACUGUGAUGGAGAGUGUUUCUAUCCCCUCGGCUCUUGCAUGAACGCCACAAACCACGCUCUCAUUCAACAAGUGGUGCAUCUGCUGAAGCCAAACGAGGUCCCUAAAGCGUGCUGCGCCCCCACAAAGCUCAGCCCCAUCUCCGUCCUCUUCUACGACGACAACAACAACGUGAUCCUCAAGAAGCACAGGAACAUGGUGGUCAAGAGCUGCGGCUGUCUAUAGCAACGAUACAUCAUCAGACACGAACUAGAAUGGAAAAAUAUUGGAUUUGUGAUUUAUGUUAACAAAGAAAUCAAGAUUCAGUUCACAGUGCACCUCGUAAACUCGCCCAGGAGCAUUAUAGUAUUUGAGAGAAGACGGAAAUAUGAACUGAUGGAGGUUUCAGAGGACGUCACAUCACUACACUAUUAGUUUUAGGCCAGUAAUAUUUAACACAGAUGGAGGCCGCUACAGGUGACUAUUGUUAAAAUGUAGAUUUGUGUUGUAAUACAGUGAGUUCCUGGGUCUAGAGAGUAAGAUUCAGCAUUUGUCGAUUCACCUUUUAGAUAUUUCAUGACAAAAUACAAUGUAAUCAAGAGGAAAAGCUGGAUCUUUCCCCCAUCUGGGAGUGUGACUUUAUCACUCUCUAGAACAGGGGUGUCCAAACUUUUUUCAUCAAGGGACACAUCUCCAAACACAGACAAAGCAGAGGGCUGAUCGAAGGCCAUAGACUGGAGCUCAAUACAGUGAAUAAUUCAAAUAUGUGCAUGUUUAACAUGUUAGAAUGAGCCACGAGCCUUUUAUAGGCGAGUUUCAGCUGACGUCAUUGUUAUUAAAAGCCCGCGUUGCUGCUGGGAAAUAUUUUGGCCGGAGGCAAGAAACACGAUAGCGUCAAACACAGUGCGUAACCUCGAGUAUUUCUCCCUGAUAAUGGUAAAUUCCUGCUGCAUUAUCGGAUGCACAAAUAGAAGCACGGAAGAAGAAAAAUGUCUUUUUCAUAUUCCAAGUGAAAAGAACCACUAACGGUGAAUUAAAUGGCUUCAAACAUUCGCAGAGCAAACGUAGAAAAUCCUAGCAAACCGUGGACUCCAACAAGUUCAACAACACACAUCGAGACUCUUGGAGGUUUUCAUCUUUUCUGCUGUGAAUGGAUCAAUACCCUUUACGUGCUUUCUCGCUCUGUCCGUCAUGUUGAAUUAGUGUUUCUUGCCGCCGACCAAAAUAAUUCCCAGCAUGCAACGCACACUUUUGUCAACAAUGUAACUUGCCUAGUCAUGCUAAGAUCCUUAAACCCACACACUAAAUAUUAAAUAUUUGCUUUACCAAGGUAGAUAAAAAAAAAAACUUGCAGUAAAAAGUUAAUUUUUAAUUGAUGCAAGGUAAUUUGGGUCAAUUCACCUGGAAGCCUGAGGGCCAAGAAAAAUUUGUCUGAGAGCCACAUUUGGUCCUUGGGCCAUAGUUUGGACAUGCCUGCUCUAGAAUGACUAUUCAGGUGGAGUCCAUAGCAAAAAGGGUUGAAUUCAGGCAACCGAACAAAGUGUUCUGGAUAUCCUCCUGAGACCCGGCCCAUUUAUUCGUGUCCUUUAUAGUGAAAAUUGAGUGAAUCAGUCUAACCUUUAAAUGUUUUGUCCAAGAUAAAAAUAAUAAUAAUAACUCAACAGUUUGUGGCUGCACUAUGAUUUUAAAAAAAAAAAAAAAAAACAGAAUGAAGGAAAUUAAAAUGGAGUCUAAAAAAAUUUUUUGAGGCGACUGUAGAAGCUUGUCAGAGAUGUUGGUCAAUAAAGUUGUUAUUGUUAGGUUGUUAACUUUACAUGGAUUUAAAACCAAAAUAUUCCCGGUGUCCAUUACAGAGGACAUGUUAUAAAUAAAAAUAAAAUGAACAAAAUCUAAAUGCUAAGGUGUUCAUUUACCUGCAAAUAGAUGGAAAAAUCACACAAAAAAUUUAUUGCAAUACACUUAUUUUCUUCGGGUCCCAGGAGGAUGUGUCUAUGUCGGAACGUUCAGCUGUUACCAUGGUGACACAUUAGCAAACUCAGUCAAAAAACUUUAAAAUAGUCUGAAAUCUUAAGAAAAAAUACCAAAAAGAUUUAAACUACACAUUUUCAGGAGCCUGUGAACAAUACGAGUGUUCAUGGUCCUGUUUAGGAGUUUGAUUUACAACAAAAACAUGACAAAUUAUCUCAACUGUUGUAGUUUCUAUUAAAUAAGUUUUUAUGGUCAGAUAAAAGUCCAACUUGAGCUUCAGACAGAGCAGAGCCUUCAGUUAGCAUCACAUAUCAGCUCCAAAGUAUCAAUAAUCCUACUCUUUGUUGAACAGGUCUGUAUAUGUCUAAACUACGGGAUUAACAUUUUAUAACCCCAAAAUGAAUAUUCGUUUUCAUUUAUUUAUGAAUUUACAUAAUAGAUAAUCAGAGUCAAAUUAUCGGACACAUUUCAACAAAAUAACACCGAAAACACAAUAAGUCAUGUU